AUUAAAAUUUUGAGCUAAAAGUUAUUAGCUCACAUUCUUAUUCAAUCCAUUUUUACAAUCAACUUGUUUGAAAUUUUUUGAGGUCAUCAUUUAGUACAAAUUUAUAUAUUCAAGUUGAGUGCUUCUCAUCCUAUAUUACUUCAUGAUCAAUUUAAAUUUCAGAUUUAAAUGUAGAAAAAUAUGUGGCGAGUAGUCCAUUUUCUUCAAGAAGAAACUGUUGCUGCUCUGCCCAUACAAUGGGUGAUGAGUGAAAAUGCCUGUCGAUGGCCUACUUUCACUGGACUCAAAUUGCGUACAGCCAUAAGUAAAUGUUCACAGCCAGAUGAAAGCUGGCCUAUUUUUGAGUGCCAAUUAUUGGGCGAAAUAUAUGGAGAUUUAUCUACAGCAAGAAUGAAGGCAAUUCAAGCCGAAGAAGAAUCAGAUCUGAACUCAGAUGCUGAAGCAGGAUUUGGCCGAAGAAAAUUAAUCAAAAACAAAAGAUAUGACAAAGAUUUCUCCAACCUCAAUUCAUUUCAUGAAUUGAGAAGAGAUAAAAAAAAGAACGGAAACUCGGAAAUAUCCGAUUCCGAAGAAGAGAAUCAAGAGAUCCAUGGUUCACCAGAAAUGCCCAAAAUGAAUAGACUUUCGUCUAACCUUGUUUCAGGCUCAAAUAAAAUGAAAGAUACCAUCAUUGAAUGCUGCACACCUGUUAGUUCGAUUUCAGAAUCAACUAAAAGUAUAGAUAUUCCAAUUCACAUUAAUGAAGAAAUGUCCACUGCAGCACAUCCUGUUAUUAUUAAAGAGCCAGAUCCCUCCAGAGUAUUUGCUGAGGAAACCUUCAGAAGACAAGUGCUGAGACAGUUCUCAACCAUCAAUUUUAAAGUGGAUCAAUUGACAGAGGACGUUGAAAGAUUAUUGAGAAAUGAUCGUGAUAAAAAUGAUAAUGAAACAAUUGAAGAAUCAAUUUUUGAUAAAUUUGAUUUUCCCAUUAAAAACAUUGACGAACUACAAAAAUUCGAGAAAUAUUUAGAAAUUGGGGAGAAUAAAACCAAAGUGGUUUGCGAGUUGUCAAAAAUUGGGGGGUCUAAUCAUAAAGUGAUGACGAAAAGACUCCUGGAAAGGUUGAUAUCAAAUGUUCUUGCUAUGAACUAUAGCUGGCUAGGAUUAAAAAAAAAAGAUAAUUUUUCGGCAUUGAUUUUGUCUAGUACAGUGAAAGAAUCUGUAAUGAAAAUCCAUAGAAAGAUUACAGAGUCGGAUGUGGAAUUGGUAAUAAAAGGCUGGUUGGUUAAGGCGAAAGAGAGGGAAGAAAAGUCUCAGAAAUGAGGCUUUAAAACUAAUCUAGAAG